AUGGAGGAAAGCAGGUCUUCCUCUCCGAUGUUACACCUGGACCUCAACAACUUUGACUCCAUCGAUGCAGAGGGGAGCAGGUAUGUUUUAACGAGCCCACGAUCCUUGGAAUCCUGCGCGAGACUCGGAGUCAAACCGGUCGAACUUCUGCAUAAAUCUUUGUCCGAGUUCGUGGAUGAAAACCCGGGGGUCCCUUUGGAGGCUGUGACUUUCAUUUAUCAGGUGCACGAAAAAGAGCGCAGGAGGCUCUUGCGUCUGUGUCGUGAGGAGAGAGAGAAAAUUAUUGAGGAGGGUAAGGGAAGAAGGUCAGCCAUCAAGAAACGGACAGCCUUAGAGACUGUCGUCGAGCGAGCAGCUGACAGCCAAAGCUCUAAAUCAGUCCAGUCCAGAAUUGCUCAGGCUGGUGGCGACUCUGAAAGAGGAGCGGGCCGCCGAAAGUCGGAAUCAAGUAAGUCAUCUUCCACUGACUCUAAGGAUCACAAGUCCCAGCGAUCAGAAUGGAAGUACAUAACCCCACGGGAGCUUGUCGUCACCAGCCUGGGAGAUCUCAGACACACCCCGGCUACCGAGAGGGAGCUGGAGAAGCUGGAGAGCGAGAUCAGGAGGAAGCUGAGCGUCACGGUGCCGGAGAAGGACCGCAAGAUCGCGGCGCUGAUGCUGGUGAAGCACAGGGAGGAGCAGGAGCGGCUGGAGCAGAGCGAGCGUGCGGAGCAGCAGCGGGAGGAGGAGCGGAGGCGGCGGGCGCUGCGGCAGGCCCGCGCGGAGAGGCAGAGGCGCGGGGAGCUCCAGCGCAGCACGCGUCGCUGGCAGGAGGCGCUGGAGGCACGGCGGCGGCAGAGGCAGCGGGAGGAGGUGCAUCAGGCGUGGCAGCGGGAGCAGGAGGCGGUGUGGCACGAGGAGCGCUGGAGGCGCAUGGUGGAGGAGCAGAGGGCUCAGCAGACAGAGAGGCGGGAGGCGGUGCGGAGGGAGGCAGAGGAGCGCAAACGUUGCCAGGAACUACUGCUGAGGAGCAGGGAGCGUGAGGAGGAGGCAGACAGGGAGAGGGAGAGCCGGGUCACACUGCGGAAGGAGCUGAGAGCCAACCGGAUCAGGCGGAGCCAGGAGAAGAGGGAGAGGAGGAGGUUGCAGCAGGAGAACCAGCGGCAGCAACUCAGGCACAUCCUGCUGAAACAGGCAGUGGAGGAGCAGGCCCAGGCGGAGGAGCUUCAGAAGAGGAGUGCGGUGGAGCAGAGGCUGAACAAGACCUGGGAGAACCAUGAACAGGUGGUGGAGGCCCGGCAGCGGGAGCUGAGGGAGCGCUCGGCCCGGGAGGAGGGGCAGCUCCAGCAGGUCCGCACCCGGGCCAGCCAGCAGGAGGGCGAGCAGCAGCAAUACAAGCAGGUCCUGGCCCGGCUGAGCGAGCAGCGCAGGGAGCGGGCCGCCCAGCUGGCCCAGGAGCAGCGGCGGGAGAGGGCGCGGCAGGCCCGGCGGGCCAACGAGGAGAAGGAGCGCUCGCACCGGCGGCUGUGGGAGAAGGUGCAGCAGGAGGAGGAGGGCCUCCGCCUUCACCGGCAGAGCAGCCUCGCCCGCAAGGAGCGCAGGAGGGAGCAGCUGCGGCGGGAGAGGGAGGCCGCGCUGGAGGAGUCCCGCAAGGUGGCCCGCGCCUCCUUCCGCAUGAGGGAGAAAGUGAGGGAGCACAACCAGAGCCGCACAUUCGACCAGAUGGCCCUGGAGGCUCAACUGGCUGCCAGCAUUGCCCGGAUCAAGCUGUGAGUCAGACCUUCUGAAACAAGAGCAGAAAGACACUGGAAAUUGAACAGGGAAUUAAACAUGCCAACACUAGAAAAGGGACUUUGACAUACAAGCCCAUAGC